CAUCCUUUAAAAAAAAAAAAAAAAAGACUCAAUUCCACUCCAAAUAAAUCUCAAACCAAACCAAAUGCGCUGCAAAUAAUCCCCCGCACCUGUUCCAGCAUCCCACCUUCUCUCCUUCUGCUGCCAAACAACAGAAACAAAUUCCUUAAAAAGAAAAGAGAAAAAGACAAAAUCUGGCGAAAUCAUAUGGAAUGACGGACUACCGGUUAGCGCCGACGAUGAAUCUUUGGACGGAUGAUAACGCAUCGGUUAUGGAAGCUUUUAUGAGCUCUGAUCUUUCCGCUUUAUGGCCACCGCCGCAGUCCUCUGCGUCCACUUCCGCACCUGCAGCUGCUGCCGGACCGACUUCCAAGUCAUCUCUCGCCCAAUCUCAGCCCUCCGUUUCUGUGCUCAAUCAAGAAACUCUCCAGCAACGUCUGCAAGCCCUCAUCGAGGCCCGCGAGAGCUGGACUUACGCCAUUUUUUGGCAGUCCUCGUACGAUUACUCCGGCACUGCCGUACUCGGCUGGGGCGAUGGGUAUUACAAAGGUGAAGAAGAUAAAGGGAAAGGGAAGUUGAAAGCUUCUUCAUCUACAGCUGCCGAGCAAGACCACCGUAAAAAAGUGCUUAGGGAGCUCAACUCUUUGAUUUCAGGCUCCACUUCCCCCACCGACGAUGCCGUCGACGAAGAAGUUACCGACACCGAGUGGUUCUUUUUAGUUUCCAUGACGCAGUCUUUCGUUAACGGCGGUGGGCUUCCGGGGCAGGCUUUUUUCAAUACGAGUCCGGUUUGGGUUGCUGGAUCGGACCGGUUAGCCACUUCGAUAUGCGAGCGAGCAAGGCAAGGGCAGGCUUUCGGUUUGCAAACGAUGGUUUGUAUACCGUCGGCAAAUGGGGUGGUUGAAUUGGGGUCAACAGAACUUAUCACGCAAAGCUCGGAUCUGAUGAAUAUUCGGGUUUUGUUUAAUUUUAAUAAUGGAAUUGAAGCUGGUUCUUGGUCUAUGAGUAAUAAUACUGCUGAUCAAGGUGAAAAUGAUCCGUCUUCGCUUUAUAGCGAUCCCAAUAACGGAAUCGAACUUAAGGAAAGCAAUAACAACAGCAACAACAAUAAUACUAGCCAUCAGAAUCAGCAGAUUCAGAAGUCAAUUCAGUUCUGUGACAAUCCGAGUUCCAGUAGUUUAACGGAGAAUCCGAGUUCGAUUCAUGUUGAAAUCAUCAGCAGCAGCAGAAUCAACAGCAGGGCACAGUUUCUGCUUGAAUUUCUCGAUUGUUUUGAUGGGAGUAGCAGUGUGAGGAACGGCAAUUCUUCUUCUCAUUUAUUGAAGCCAGAAUCCGGGGAGAUAUUAAAUUUUGGUGAGAGUAGGAGGAGUGGGAAUGGGAAUUUGUUUUCUGGGAAUUCUCAGUUUGGGGUGGAAGAGAAUAAGAAGAAGAGGUCGCCUAAUUCGAGAGGGAGUAACGAAGAGGGGAUGCUUUCGUUUACUUCUGGUGUAAUUUUGCCUUCCUCUGCUGGGGUGAAAUCAAGUGGUGGUGCUGGGGAUUCUGAUCACUCUGAUCUUGAAGCUUCUGUUGUUAAGGAAGCUGAUAGUAGCAGAGUUGUGGAACCUGAAAAGAGGCCGCGGAAACGAGGAAGAAAACCGGCUAAUGGAAGAGAAGAGCCUCUGAAUCAUGUCGAAGCAGAGCGUCAAAGAAGAGAGAAGCUUAACCAGAGGUUUUAUGCGCUGCGUGCUGUGGUUCCUAAUGUAUCGAAGAUGGAUAAAGCGUCACUCCUCGGUGAUGCAAUUUCAUAUAUUAACGAGCUUAGGACGAAGCUACAGAAUGCAGAUUCGGAGAAAGAGGAGUUGCAGAAAGAACUAGAGGCGAUGAAGAAAGAAUUGGCAAGUAAAGAUUCUCGUUCUGCGCCACCACCACCUGAUCAAGAUCUCAAGAUGUCGAACCACCUUGGCAAUAAAUUGGUAGAAUUGGAAAUUGAUGUGAAGAUCAUUGGAUGGGACGCAAUGAUUCGAAUCCAAUGCAAUAAAAAGAACCAUCCAGCAGCGAGGUUAAUGGCUGCCUUGAAGGAGUUAGACCUGGAUGUGCAUCACGCUAGUGUGUCGGUAGUCAAUGACCUGAUGAUCCAGCAAGCCACUGUGAAGAUGGGGAGCCGGUUUUACACACAGGAGCAGCUCAGGAUAGCCCUAACAUCCAAAUUUGGAGAUGCAAGAUAGAGAGUAUAGCGCAGAGCUUGAUCUGUAUAAGCAAUUGGGAUAGAGCUUGAUCGGAGAUAAAUAGGACCGGAGUUUCAUUGUUUGAAAAUGGCUGCAGGCCUCUGGGACAUUUUAAGGCUCCCGGUAGCACCAAGCUCUGUAAAAAUAUUGUUCUAUUUUGCUCUUAGUAGUGUUUAGUAUAGUUAAUAGUUUGGGAGGUGAUCUAAAUGAAGCCGCAGGAGCUUAACUGGCUAGCGGGUCGGGUGAUUUUCCAUAAUUUUUCCACUGAUGAACAUUGUUGAGCUCCAGUCAACUGGAAAUAGCCUUUUUGUGUUAAAAUCUUGUAGUAUGUCUUCAAUGUAUAUAGCUUGUUAUAAAUUUGAACCUGAAUGAAGUUCUGGGUCUUUUACUAUGUUG